AUCUUUCAUCAUUCACCAUUCAUUGUAGUAUUUUUAGUUUGUUUAUUUUUGUUCACCCUUCAAGACAAGAAGUAAAAGAAGUAUAAUUUCUGUAGUAACCAAUGCUAUAAAAACACUGAAGACUGCUUAAUUUCUUUAAAAAGACCCAUCUUACCACUAGCAAAUUCAAUAAGAAGCCCAAGCACUAAAAUAUUUCAGGCUUUAUUUUAAAGGCAAGUGAGACUGCUUCAAAUAAAACAACAAAGAGAAGGCAGAGACGAGCAGAAGCACCCCUUCACUAACACUCACGCACUGCCAUGGACCUGCACGAGCAGUGGGGGAACCCAGAGACCGACUGGCACAAGGAGAAGAUGGAGUUACUGGACCAGUUUGACAAUGAAAGGCGGGAGUGGGAAACCCAGUGGAAGAUCAUGCAGAAGAAGAUAGAGGAGCUUUGCCAUGAAGUAAAGCUUCGGAGGAAAAUCAACAUGAGUGAACGUGCUAAAGUCAUUGGUCUUGAUUGUGAGAAGGCCAUUCGAGAUAGAGUGGUGGAAUCUUUUCCAAAUUACCCCAAUUCAGGACCACAUGAAUUUACAGGGAUGAAUCACAGGGAUGAUCUGGAAAAAGAACAUAAAACAGAGCAGAGCAUAAUCAGUGAAGGAAAUCAAAUGUGUAAGGAACAAAAAGCAACCAAAAAAUCAAAGGUAGCGUUUAUGGACCCUUUGGCCACAGAUGACCAAAAGGAAAGUGGGGCCUGGCUUGACCUGAGGACUUCUGAGGAAACGGGCGAGGGCUGCUCCGGCGCCCUCAACACAGCUCUUGAAGAACUUGCCAAAGUCAGUGAAGAAUUAUGCAGCUUUCAAGCGGAAAUUCAAAAGCGGUCUAACCACAGAAGGAUGAAGUCAGAUCCUUUUCUCCAGGAAAUGCCGAAUGUAAUUAACAUGCCUCACGGAGACCGCAGGAUCAACAAUGGCCAGUGCGUUCUUCCAAUAAAUUUAGAGAAAGAAAAGCAGAAAAACAGAAAGAAUCUGAGCUAUGCUGAUAUGCUUCAAAGGAAUUCUUUGAAAAAAUGCGGAAUUGAUACAAUUGAUCUGCAAAGUAAUGAAACUCCACCAGUGCCUCCUCCACGAAGCACAUCUCGGAAUUUUCCCAGCUCAUACCCUGAACAAGCCUAUGAAAGUCUGAAGGAAAGUUUAAAUCUCAACAGCCAGGUGGUCCAAGAGGGUCCAGGCAAAAGGAACUGCAGUCCUCAUGUCCUUCUGAGGCAUGAUGAGAUGCCUGCACUGUGUCUAAAUGAAGGGAAAACUUUGAAAAAUGGUAUCAUGUUUUCUUCUUUGGCACCAGAAGCCAAAGUAGAUAACAAGCCUCCAUGUAAAGACAAUGUUGGAUUAAGCAUGAGGUCAUGCAACCCUGUGAUAGGCACAGAAAAUAGCCCCUCUGCCCUGUGGUUUCAGAAAACCUGCUCUACCCCCGAUAAGUUGAAAUAUGAAAAGAUGGUCCCAGAUUGCCCUGCUAAGUCUCAUUCUGACCUUCAUGGAAGCAAUGACUAUAGCUCCUCAGGGACACAGACCAGUGGCCCACUUAGAAGUGUCAGUUGUGGCUUUGAAAGGACUACUAGGAAUGAAAAGCUGGCAGCAAAGACUGAUGAAUUUAACAGAACUGUAUUUAGAACAGAUAGAAAUUGUCGUGCAAUACAGCAAAAUCAAAGCUGCUCAGAAUCAUCUCAAGAUCUUAAGCCUUAUGAUACCUUAAUUACUCAUAUAGGCGGUGUACCAGAAAAUGACAGUAUGUCUGAUAUUCUGAAAACCAGUACCCACGUGCCUGUGCCUGGAGAACAUGUGCCUGAUAAUCCCACCAGUAAAUCCACAACAGCCCUACUCAGGCAAAUGCAGGAACACCUGAGUCCUAGCAGUUAUCGGAAUGUGCUCCACGAGCAUGACUGGAGACCCAGCAAUUUGUCUGGCCGACCAAGAUCAGCAGAUCCUAGGUCAAAUUAUGGUGUUGUGGAAAAGCUGCUGAAAACCUAUGAGACAUCCACAGGGUCUGCACUGCAAAAUUCUACAUGCUUCAAGGAUGAUGGGCCCAAAUAUAAUUCUGAUGUCAGCGUUGGGGCCACAUUGGGUCGGCAUUUAAAAAUAAUCCAGACAGAACAAGAGCUUCAAGGAAAAACAGCUAUGUGUGGGGCACAGCAAGUGAUGCAAGGAAUAGAUUGGAAAAAGGUAACCGAGGAAUCCAUGGCAGUGAAAUCUUCACAUGGAAAAGGAUUUUCCCGACCCGCUAGACCAGCAAAUCGCCGUCUGCCAUCCAGAUGGGCAUCCAGAUCUCCAUCGGCUCCCCCCGCAUUGCGGAGAACUGCCCACUGCUCUGCUAUUUCUCUGCGAUCUGAAGCACCAGUGCUCUGAGUCUCUGGCCUGGAUUUGCUAGAUUUCAGAUAUUUCAACAGCGCGUCUCGAGGGUUCACAGGUCUUCCUGUCUCUUCUGUGUCUUUCAAGAUCAGUGGGACGAGCAAUUUAAAUCUUAACUUCCCAUCAGUCUUCAGUGUUUUUAACCUAUGGAAUAUUUAUCUUCCUGUCUGUUGAUUUCUUAGAUCAGACUUUUUAAUGCCAUCCUCAUUAAUUUGCCAAUAUGAUUGAAGUGGAAACAAUGUACUAUAUUGUAUAUUCUAACUUUCUUGCAAGUGGCAGAAAGCAAGGUUAUGUGCAUGGCCAUGUGUUUGCAGGUGCAUGUGUUGAAAUAGGAAGUAUCCUAGUAUGUAUUUAGAUAAGAAAACUUUUGUGCUAGUGUUGACUUCAAAAUUAUA